AUGCAACCGCAUAGCUACGAACAAAUGUUGCGAUCGAGGCAAUUGGAACGGCCAUAUCGCUCCCAUCUACGCCCUGCCUGCUUGCCUUGUCGACGCCGAAAGUCAAGAUGUCAAACCGAAGCGUUCUCAGACACCUGUGUGACUUGUCGGGCUCAUCGAACCGAAUGCGUAUUUCCGGAUAGCCCAGACGCUGAGGCCUGCCCAAGACCGAACCGACAUCCUCGCCGGAGAGGUGCAAGCCAAAACGGUUCUUUGUCAAGACGACGCCCACGGGAAUCGGGAGAUUCCAGCAGCAAGAGCUCAACAGCUUUGGUGCAUAUCCAUGAGGACUCCGGCUUGAGCCACCCUGCAGCAGCAUUCACAAGUCAGAAUCCGGCACCCGUUGAGCCUUCCAGUCCGCAUGCCCUUUCCCGCGGAAUCGGCGGCCAUGGUGAACAAGACCAAGAGCCACUAGAGCUUGACUCUACUCAUCAGGACCAUCACACCAUGCAUAUCGUUGGACCCGCAGUGAUAAAUGACAAGCAGGUGCUAUCCGAUUAUCUAUCAGGAAUUCCUGGAGCGACCAGGAGUACUAGGAUGAUCAUUCCGGAAUCCGCGGGUCGUUCUCAACCGGUGCUAUUUACAAUGGUCCAGAAGCGUCCGGUGGGUUUGGCCGUGAAUAAAAGCCCAUCUGCGGAAAAGCUGGCCAUCAUCGAAAAGAUCUUGGAGCCUUUCGUUGAUGACAUUAUCAACGAGUAUUUCACCAAGGCCAACGAGUGUCUUCCACUAUUGGACGAGCAGUCCUUUCGCGACCAAUAUCUUGAAGACAAGACUCAUAUUUCACCAGCUCUGUUAUCUUGUUUAUAUGCCCACACCUUGGUUUAUUGGCGCCAUUCCCCUACGCUCAGUGGCAAUAAAUGUCCCGAUGACCGAUUUAUAUGGAACCUUGCCAAUGAAGCCGUGUAUUCUGAGCUUUACCUAUCUCCGGGGAUAUCUAUAAUCAAAGCGAUUCUGCUCAAUAUAAGCGGGCGACCAACCACGUCAAUCAUUGGGAACGGGGUGCUGUUAGGCUCAGCUGUAUCCAUGGCGCAUUCCCUGGGACUCAACCAUAAUCCAUUACCGUGGAAGAUACCGCAGUCAGAGAAAUACUUGAGAAUGAAAUUAUGGUGGUCAUUACUGCUUCAUGAUAGAUGGCUGAGUUUGGCUCAUGGCACACCGCCGCAUAUUUCAAGGAUACAAUAUGAUGUUCCCCUUCCGACACUAGAAUGUCUUUGUGAGGGCGAUUCCAGUGAAGCACGAGUACGAACAGCAAACGUGUUCAUAGCACUGGUUCGACUGACUGAUGUUUUGGACCAACAUCUACAACGCGUGUAUGCCGUUGACGGAAAUCGGCCAUGGGAUACAACUAGCCUAGAGCUGGCAUUGAACAACUGGGUCGAGUCCUUGACUGGAAGUUGUCGUCUUAUAGUUAUUCGCGGCUCCAGACUCGAGAUCCCGGGUGCGGCCAACCUCCGCUUGGCAUAUCUCACGACCAGGCUUCUCCUCCAAAGAAUGGAGCUGGAAGCCGAGAAGCGCAUUUACGACCAACUCAAUGAGCGAAUUAUGAAUCGCUACAUACAAGCGCGGCGUACCGCAGAGGAAAUACUCCUCCUCCUCCAAGAACUACAAGUCGAGCAGCUCAGCGGUUUCUGGUUGCCGGUGACAGCCUUUGCCUUUCCCGCAACAGUCAAUUUCCUUUUGCGCUGCGCAUUGGAAAUGGAAAGCUCUCUCCAAGGAUUGGCACGGAGCAGUUCUUUUCGAAUCGCUCAGGACAUUGUGGCCACUCUCCGCAAAUAUCAGAAGCAGUUCGAGUGGGAUCUGGCUGAUAUCUGUGUGGCACAGCAUGCGGACAUUGUGGAUAGAAUACUGGGUGGUGUGGCCAGAGAGGAAGAGAGUGACAACAAUAUGGAUAUUCAAGAAUUUUCAAUGCCUGAUGCAUCUAUCCUGGAUCAAUACUUCCCAAGCCUCUGGGACCCUUUACAGAAUGCAUGGUGA